AUGCGACUCCAACAAGCAGCAACAAGUUUGCUGCUGAGCACUCUCACUACCCUUGUCGUCGCAAACCCAUAUCCCCGCGAUAACAUCCGAGAUUUCGGCUUCGGCUAUCUCAUGAACCGCGACUGCGAAUCAUACUGCGGCCUCGACAAUCAAUACUGCUGCUCCGCCGGCGAACAAUGUAUUACGACUACGGGGCGAGCUACCUGCACAGCCGGGGACGGUGGCUACGCAUAUUCCACAACAACGUGGACUGAGACGCGAACUUAUACCAGCACCUACAGCACAUACUACCCAGCCGCGACGAGCGCAGCGUCGGGCGGCACAGGAGGUGCGGAUUGCGUUCCGCCCGAGGGAACUGGUCAAAUUGCGUGUGGACCAAUUUGCUGCGCGAACUGGCAAUAUUGUGCGAAAGAGGGCCAAUGCCUGCCCAAUGCAGGAGCCAGUACAUGGUGGUCUACAGGGACGACGGUGGGGGUAGUCACAACAGCCUUCUCGGCGCCAUACAGAGUCACGAGCGGGACCACAGUCUUCUCAACGGCUACGGGCACCGCCGAGAGCGCCACGGCCACAGCAACCGGGACGGAAACCGCAGUGCCCGUCACCACCACCACAAGCAACCAAUUGAGCGGCGGCGCCAUCGCUGGUAUCGUGGUGGGCACUAUCCUCGGAGUCGCCCUGCUGCUCGCGCUCUGCGCAUGUUGCAUCAUCCGCGGCCUGUGGAACACCUUCCUGGCCAUCUUCGGCUUCGGCAAGAAGAGGGACAAGACGGAGCGCAUCGAAGUCAUCGAGGAGGAGCGCCGGUACUCCCGACACGGCAGCGCUUCUGGCCGAGCCGCACACCGCACAUGGUUUGGCGGCAGCGGCCGUCCCGCCACAGUCGCGUCGAGAAAAGAGAAGAAAAGUAGCAGCGGUGCGGGCUGGCUGGCCGGUGCUGGCGCAGCUACGAUGUUGCUUCUGGGUCUGCGGAGGGGGGACAAGAAGAAGGAGAGUGGCAGCCAUAAGCCCGCGAGGAGUGAUUGGAGUAGUUCGUAUUAUACCGAGUCCUACACAGGUACUAGCCCUAGCAGUCCAGGGCAACAAGGCAAUCGGCUUCGAGGGUAUCGAGGCACACCAGACGAUCCUAAUGCCAGCUGGCCCGGAUCCAUCAUUUCCUUCCCCAAUACAUACUUUUAUUCACGAGGCUGCAUACACACCACCCUUUUUUGA